UGUUAUCAAAGAUUUUAAUGGACUAAGAUUAAAUCUAAGUGAUAGACUCUAUUUUUGUUGGGGGAGGGAGAUAGAACAGUUCAUCAAAGUAAAGAUUCAUCUGAUAUGAAGAACAAAAGAUAAACCGAUAUCGAAUGGAAGGUGUCAGCAGAGUAAAAUAGGUGCGGUUAGAGGGGUUUGCAAGGAAGCGUUGUCCACUAUCAGUAUGUUGUCAGUUAGCUUCGAUCCAUCGAUGCAGUUAGGACAACCCUUGCGAUACGUUAUAACAGAUGAUAUCAAAUUUCUUAGGUGUAAUCGUAGUGACCUAAUAUUGACGGUAUCGUUUCAUCGUAUUAAUUAAUGUUCGUGUUCUGAUAGAGCAUCAAGUUGUUAAGAAAGAUUUCACACGUAAUCACAUAACGUUAUCUCAUCCAAAUCCUUAAUUCAAAAAGCAAAAUAAUAGGGCUAACUUGUACACGACGAAUUAUCAUGAGAUAGGAAGGAUGGAAAAUCGGCAGUUGACAUGACUAGGAAGAAUUUAUAGUGAGGAAUCAUAUAAUAAAGAUUAUUUCGUAUUUCACAUUGUGUUUAAGUGGAACCCACUUUGUCGUUUUCUUCGCUUGGCAGACCUUACAUUAAAUUUAUUAAAAUAAAAGACGACAAGAAAAAGGACAAUGUUAUGAGUGAACAACAAGAAACAGAAAGGAUGAUGAGUCAAUUGGAAAUGCAGAAUAAAUCACAUGUUGACGAGCAAGGGGAACAUGAAGAACACGAAGAAUGCGAGGAACGUGACGAAGAUUAUUCAGUAUCAGCAUCAGCCAUCAUUCUACGACGUAAUUCUUCACGACGACAAAGUAGACGCAAACGACGAACGUCUUCAACCUUUACUACCGAAGGUGAAGAGGUCAAUGCAGUUCGACGGCAAUCUUCAGCAUACACGAAUAGCUCUAUCGACACAGCUAUCUCGAUCGAAGAUAGUGGUACGCAAGAACAAGUCUUUGAAAAGCUAAAAUUACAUAAAGAAGUUUUGAGUGGUGUGAAGGAAGAACCAUGGCCUCUACGUAAAAAAAUGAAAUUAGUUCGACAAGCAAAAUUAUACGUUAGAAAACAUGAAGGUGUUCUGCAAGAAAGACUCGCUCAAAAUCGCAGCACCAAGGACGUCAUUGCUCGUAUUUCUCUUCUAAUUACAAAGAAAUGGCAAUAUUUUCGACGUGAACUGAUCAAUCUUAAGACUUGGCUUAUACCGUGGGAACUUCGUAUUAAAGAAAUAGAAUCACACUUUGGUUCAGCCGUGGCGUCGUAUUUUACAUUUCUAAGAUGGCUCUUUUGGAUCAAUUUUGUGAUUACUAUUUUGCUUACAGCAUUUGUAGUAGUACCUGAGAUGUUCAUAGCCGACGUAAAGUUCGCUGGUGAGAGAAAAAUAAUACCAAAGGAAGAAAGAAUAAGAUCUAGUCAUUUAACGACAUUAUGGAAGUUCGAGGGUAUCCUUAGAUAUUCUCCAUUUUUUUAUGGCUGGUAUACUAAUCAUGAUUCGAAGAAAGGCUAUAGACUACCACUUGCUUACUUCGUUACUAAUCUUGUCGUCUACACUUACAGCUUCGUUGUGAUAUUACGAAAAAUGGCUAAAAAUUCUCGGCAAAGUAAACUCACGGAAAAAGAAGAUGAAUGUGCUUUCUCAUGGAAACUUUUUACCGGUUGGGACUUCAUGAUUGGUAAUCCCGAGACUGCUCAUAAUCGUGUUGCAAGUAUAGUUCUUAGUUUUAAAGAGGCUCUUUUAGAAGAAGCUGAAAAAGAAAAGGAUAAAAGAAAUUGGAAAAUUAUAUUGAUGAGAAGCUUUGUCCAUAUAUCAGUUCUUUUUUUAUUAGCACUGUCAGCUUAUAUUGUAGUUGAAGUAGUAGCACGAAGUACAGAUGAAGAAGCUGAUAAAAAUUUGUGGCGUCAAAAUGAGAUCACAUUGGUGAUGUCUCUCAUUUCUUACGUUUUUCCAAUUAUUUUUGAAGUUCUUGGUCUUCUCGAAAGUUAUCAUCCUAGGAAGCAACUUCGAAGGCAAUUGGCAAGGAUAAUGCUCCUUAAUCUUUUGAAUUUGUACUCAUUAAUAUUCGCACUCUUCAAUAAAAUAAGUUACAUGAAAGAAAAAUUGAUUCAAUUAAAUCCUACAAAAAUAAAUUGUAAAUAUACACCUGUAAAAUGUGUUGGCAAUUUGAUAAAUUCCGAAUCAACUGUAACUUUAGCAUCUCUCAGCCUAGCGUUAAUGGGUAGUGUCACUUAUGCAAAUAUCACUGAUCGAUCAAUCAAACAAGAUCAAUCUGCUUCUAUACAAUACAAAGGAUUGAUCAAAGAAUUUCUGUCGAACGAUAAUAAUUUUCACAAUCUCAAUUACGGAGAUUACAAUGCCAACUCUGAAGAUUAUUACAACAGUGGCGAUUAUUCACGGAUUGAUAACGACUUCGAUAAUACUUUCAUAGACAAUGAAAUUAAUAAUACUUGGUUGAGUACAAUUAAUAAUAACGAGGAAUUACAGCCGACUAAUUCAAAUUUGUAUAUUAACGAAGAUUAUCGAAAUACUGAAAGUUUUACAGAAAAUUCGACGGACAGUAACUCGACCAAAAACGUAUCUGGUACAUUGAAAGAUAAUAAUAUUUAUGAAAUAUAUAAUUCUAGUUUCAACACGACGAAGGAAGUUAAUAAUUUUACGACAGAGUACAGUGUACUCAGUACGGAAGGAAAUGACAAUGAAACGUACAUAUCAAAUGCUUCGAACGAACUGAAUGGAUCUGAUAUUUCAUUUACAGAAAAUAUAAAACAUAUCGUUAUGUGUUACGAGAGAGUUUGCACCAGUGAGACGCAAGAAGAGGCACCAGUACAAAGGUUAGAUUUAAAAACACGUAAAGAGCUUCGACGUUUAUGUUGGGAAACAAUGUAUGGACAGGAACUUGCUAAAUUGACUGUUAUGGAUUUGGUAAUGACAAUUGUUUCCACACUUGGUAUGGAUUUUUUUCGAGCUGUAUUCAUACGUUGUAUGAACAAUUGUUGGUGUUGGGAUCUUGAAAAACAAUUUCCACAAUAUGGGGAUUUUAAAAUUGCCGAAAAUAUACUCCAUUUAGUGAAUAAUCAGGGCAUGGUCUGGAUGGGCAUGUUCUUCAGUCCUGGUCUGGCAGCGUUGAAUCUUCUGAAGCUAGGCAUUCUUAUGUAUUUACGUUCGUGGGCAGUGUUAACAUGCAAUGUACCUCAUGAAAUAGUUUUUCGAGCAUCUAGGUCCAAUAAUUUCUAUUUUGCAUUAUUAUUGAUGAUGUUAUUUUUAUGCGUACUACCAGUCGGUUAUGCCAUAGUUCGGGUCGAACCAUCCUGGCAUUGCGGUCCAUUUUCUGGCUACUCAAGAAUCUAUAUGUUUGCAACGAAAAGCCUUAAAGAUAGUUUACCUGAAGUGAUCAAACCAUGUCUCGAUUAUAUAUCAUCAGCUAGCAUGGUAAUACCUCUAAUCGUUCUAAUGACACUAAUUAUUUACUACAUGGCUUCACUUACGGGAUCUCUCAGAGAAGCCAAUAAUGAUUUAAAGAUACAGUUACGUCAAGAACGUACGGAAAAACGACGUAAAUUAUUCAAGAUUACGGAAAAAAGACAAGAAGCUAUCGAUACGUCAAUCACUAGAUGGAAAAAAAUCUUACCAGUUUUACCGUCAAACGAUUCUUAUACAGCGAUCGCGAUUGAAAAACUAAACGAUGUGGUAAUGCAUGAAAGGAAAUAUUCGAUCACUUUGGAAGAAGUUGGAAUUACUGAUACUGAAACUGAAUCUUUGCCACAUGAUUUUAAUUUACGUCAAAAAAUGUAUGAAAUUCGAAAUUUUGGCAGCGAUUCUUUAGUAUCACCGUCGAGCAAGGAUGCAAUUAUACCAGAGAUUCGAAUAAAUGAGGUCGAAGAUAAAACAAGAAAGAGUAAUUCUCAUUCAUUAAAUGAAAAAAAUUAGACCGACUGAUCACAAAGAAGGAAUGUAAUCUAUUAUUAUAAAGUUAUCAAUAUGAUCAUCAAUCUUAAAUUGAAUUAACAUGGGCACAAUUUUGAUUAAAAUAAUAUUAAUACUGACAAUAACUUAUUUCGUCCCAUAACCCACGUAAUUUUCUUCAACUAUAAAAUAUAUACGUAAAAUAUGUUAGCUUAUGCGCUUGCAAGUGUCGAAGUAUGUAUUAAAAUCUAAUACGCUGAGGUAUAGAGUAGAAGUCUUUCGUUCUGUUCUUUCGAUGUAAUAAAUACGUGCGCGUAAAUAAAUUUAACUAAUCGAUGAAACUUCCUUUCGAUCAAAAAUACGAGCACAAAUAAAUUUGUAUUUGCGUACAUAUGCGCACUUAAGAUAUUCCAUACGUACUAUGGAACGUAUUAGAAAUUUCUAAAUAAAUACUGUACUUUAUGUACACAUGUGCGUCGUACGUCG